CAGUGUUCUGGGCACUUUCAAUGUACCACUGCUGAAUAGACGACCUAUAAAAGACCCAACCGGCCUACGGCAAGCAUUCAGUAGCUAUCGAGCAGUCUGACAACAGAAGUGCAAGAUGAGAUUUCUGAUCGCUUUCUCCGCCCUCCUGGCCUACGCGUCAGCCAGCGCCAUCUUAGCGCCGUACGCGCUGGGCAUCAACGCCGGAGAUGCGCAGGCGGCCGCCAUCAACCACAACGUGGCUGCGCAGGACACCGCGCGAGCCAUCGGCGAGGGACAGCUGCGCGCGGCUGAAGCUGCAGUUCAGUACAACACUGAAGCUGUCAGACAGGCUGCCGAGACCAACCGCGACAUCCACGAGAACGCCUACUGGAACGGAGUAGCUGCCUCCCAGAACGUCGUAGCCGCUGCGCAGUCGCAAGCCGCCGCCCUGAGCGGCAUCGCCGCCGCUCGCGCCGGUCAUUGGGCUGGUGUCGCCCCCGUCGGCGUCGCCCCCCUCGGUGUCGCCCCCUACGGUAUCGCCCCCUAUGGCCUCGGCCUCGGACACGGCCUCGCUCACUGGUAAACCGAUACGGUCGUCGUUUCUUAUAACGCGUAAAAGUUUUGACGAAUCAUUCAUACGUACAUCCUUUAAACAUCAUGUAAGUUGUCGUUACAUGAUCCAGAGGCGUUUGGCGGCUCAAUAACAACCCUGGUGGUUUGAUGAGGUUGGUAAUCCAUCCCACAACCCACUAGGAGAAGAUUCUUAAACAAACAAGACCUUUGUAUCAAAAGUGGCUGCUAAUUGUCUUUAAAAGCGUCAGUUUAUGAAUGUAUGUAUGGAUGAAUAAAAAAGAGCUGUUUCAAAUUAAGAAUUCCUCUUCGUAAUGGCGAUUCAAAAUGGCCGCUGCGACGAAAAAUUCCGAACGCUAUAGAAAAAGCGCGUUAUAACAAACGACGGAUUGGAGCGUCCGAAGUGACGUUUCGCAAACGUCACUUCUGACAGGUGUCGGUUGAACCUGGCAACACUGCGCGUGUUUCCGAACCGAUUCGCAAUCGCCCGUCAGUGUUGCUGGUUAACUGAUAGUGUUGCCAUCUCGAUAAAAUGGAUAGUUGCUUGCUCAAUGAAAAAGUAAAAAGGUCUCAUAACGUAACUCUCUUUGUAAAUAAAUGAAUCUCAUGAACAUCACUGCCAAAGUGGAAAUAAACAAUAUUACAAAAAAAAAACAA